CUCUGUCUGCCUUGUCAUUCUCUUCAGACAGCCGGGGAGAGAAGUGAGUAAAAGGAGUACUGACUCUCACAGAGGAUGACGAGAGAAAGAGAUAGCUAUCAACAAGCAGAGAACUCUGGAAGACUUCUGAAACCGACACUGAAACUGAUGCUCUCUUACUGACUGAUUCUACCAUUUUUUUUUUCCACCAGCCAAAGGAGGUAUUCAACACCUGACCAGAGGUAGCAGAGGUCAGGGCAAUGCAUAGGAAUGGAGGGUUAACGUUUGACUGAAGAUGAACAAGCAGAACUGAGCAACAUACUGAAGACUGAGCUUUGUUAGUGCACAUUUUUUCUGGUAAUCGAAGAGAACCACAUUUCGGUGUCAACCAUGAACGUUCUACCUAACCCUAUGGUCAGGGCCCACCAGGACCAGCCUCUUCCUCUCUGUUCCCGAGACUCCCACCUCCAGGAUUUCUCCUCCUGGUGUCCCCCAGGGCUAGGUGCCGAUCAUGUGAACAGGCUAGGGGCCAUGGGGGUCCUGAUUGGACAUGACAGACCAGGAAAACCCCCAAUGGAGCUUAGGAGGAAGAUCAACAGCCGGGAGAGGAAGAGGAUGCAGGACCUGAACGUCGCCAUGGACGCUCUGAGGGAGGUGAUGGUGCCUUACGCCUCCUCCUCUCCUUCCUCCUCGUCCUCCUCCCAGGGGCCACACUGCAACCAGCAGCAGCUAGGACCCCAACCCGGACGCAGGCUCUCCAAGAUCUCUACAUUGGUCCUCGCCCGUAACUACAUUCUCCUCCUUGGCUUGUCUCUGCAGGAGAUGCGUCGGCUCCUUGGGGAGGUCAGUGUUGGGGUGGGGGUUAACGCAAGGCCCGUCCCCAGGCUGCUCCUGGCCGGGGGGUGGCCCCUCUUCGCCGGCCCCAGUCAGCUACUCCUUUCCCCCGAGUCUCUCCUGACCUCUGCCUCUUCCUCCAAGUGUCCUCUUCUACCCCCUGGCCACUUGGAGGGCCCCAUGGUCCCGGUGCAGUGGGGCUCAGCUGGGGCUCCUGGAGGGCCACUCUGCCCCUGUGGGGUGUGCAGAUUACCUAGGUUCUGCCACCCUAGCCCUGGACCCAGGUUCCCAAAGUGAAGCCUGUCUGCUACCCAGAUGAGAUGUGUUCUGGUUUGGUAUGAGGUUGUCUUCUGCUCUGCUCUUCUCUUCUCUACUCCAUCCUACAAUGAUUCAUUAUUCUGAGUGGACGGACUUCUGGUCAUGGACACAUAAGCGUUUACUUUUGUUACUUUUGUAUGAAAUUUUGUCUUUCUCAUGUCUUUGACUAAUUCAGAUUUUCAAUGUUGAAUUUGUUGUAAUGGAUGCUUGUCCAUUGUGUUUCUUGCACUGUGGUAAGUGAAACUUAAUAUCUUUUAUUUUUUAUAAAUCAAUUCUAUUUUAUAAGACAAGAGUUCUAACACAGCAAAAUAAUUGUCAUUUAAUAAUUACCAUUAGAUAUACAGUUAUUAAAAAAAAUCAUAUUCGUACAAAGUUAUUUCAAAAAGUGUAUUUGAAUAAAGUUAUUUCAAAAAGUGUAUUUGAAUAAAGUUAUUUCAAAAAGUG